AAUAUAAUAAAAUUUGUUUCAGAAACGAGUGUCGAGAAUAAAUUUUCGCUAUCAGCAGAUUCAAUAGACUGCGACGGAAUACCGUUCACAGACCAUCACCGGGUAUCAAAGUCGAUUCUAAAGAAGUCCGAUAGCGGUAAUAAUUACUACAGUAAUGCUGGUGACUCGGAUACUGAGAAAUUGAUUACGGACAGCAUGUCCACAGCAAGCAUAUGUGAUAACGAAACAAGCUCAUGUGAUGCUUCAGCCAACGUAAAUAAUGAGCAUACAAAAAAACAUCCAACAUCACCGUUACUUUCGCGACAGGUCCUUGAGUCGAUAUUCCGUACAAAUAAUAACGCCGAGAGGGAGUGUACAAAUGACAAGGGGGAUAAAAAAGUCAGCAUCGCAAGGAUAUCGAAGAUACUAUUUAGUGACAUCGAAGGUUUGUACAAAUACACAAUUAAUCACACCUUAUUAUACAGGAUAUUUGAUAGUAGGUUUGAUGUUCAUGGAUAGGUAAAAUGGGUUAAACUAAAUAAAAAAUCUUAUAUUACGUUGCGAUUUUCACAAUAAUUAGUGGGAAAUCAAUUAAUAAAGAACCGCAAAUAAAUAUGUA